GGCUCUGAGCUCUGCUUCCCCAACUUCAACUCCUCCUGCAGGCGUCUGCUGCGACCACGAUCUGAGACUCUUCUACUCUACACCCUAGUUGCAUCUGUCUCUCUGCUCACUGUGACACUCAAUUUGCUUGUCAUCAUCUCCAUCUCCCACUUCAGGCAGCUCCACACCCCGACCAACACUCUGCUCCAGUCCCUGGCUGUGUGUGACCUGGGGCUGGGUCUGGUGGUGAUGCCUGUUGAAGGCAUUCACUACAUUGAGUCAUGCUGGAUGCUGGGGAAGAUAAUGUGUGCUCUGUCUCCUUAUGUAUUUUACUGUCUGAUCUCUAGUGCUUUGGGCCACAUGGUGCUUAUAUCCAUUGACCGUUAUUUGACCAUCUGUGACCCACUGACCUACUCUUCUAGGGUCACUCCAAGCAGUGUUAAAAUCUGUAUUUGUCUCUGUUGGGCCUGUUCAAUUACUUACAACAGGUUAAUUCUCAUUGACCACUUAGUGAAGCCGGACAAAUUCAACUCCUGCCAUGGGGAGUGUGUGGUUGUUGUCAAACAAAUCCCAGGAAUUGUUGACUUGUUUAUAACCUUUAUUGGGCCCUGUACUGUCAUAGCUGUGCUGUAUAUCAGGGUGUUUGUAGCUGCCCUUUCUCAGAUGCGUGCAAUUCAGUCACAGGCUGCUGCUACCAAGGCCAGAGCAGCUCCAACUGCUAGAAAAUCACAGCCCAAGGCAGCCAGGACUCUGGGGAUUCUGAUAGUUGUGUUUGUAAUAUGCAUCUCCCCCUUCUUCUAUCCAUCCUUUGCAGGUAUAGACACCUCAACUAGCUUGUCCUAUUAUGGAAUAUUGGUCUGGAUUCAGUUACUGAACUCUUGUCUAAACCCUCUGAUUUAUGCCAUGUUCUACCCCUGGUUUAGAAAAGCUAUCAAACUCAUUAUCACACUCAGAAUACUGCAGGAUGACUCCCGGGAGGUCAAGAUCCUGUAG